GAAUUCUAAAAAGCCAAUUCACCCUUCGGGAUCUUCACGUCAUAUCGACAUUUUCAUACAACCACCACUAUCAUUACUCCAUCCAUCAAAAUGGUUUCCUUCACCAAGACCAUCGCUGUCCUGUCUUUCGUCGUGCAAUACGCUGUCGCCUUCAGCGGAGACCUCACCUACUACACCCCCGGCCUCGGAUCUUGUGGCGAGACAAACUCGGAGACGGACAUGAUCGUUGCGCUAUCACCCGUCCAGUUCACCACCGAUUCUCAGGCCUGCGGCAAGAAGAUCCAGAUCCACAUGGGCAACGCAACCGCAAUCGCCACCAUCGUCGACAAGUGCCCCGGCUGCAGCGACAACUCCAUCGACGUCUCUCCUGCCGUCUUCAAGUCCCUCGCGCCUCUGACCGUCGGCCGCGCCAAGAUCGAGUGGGACUACGCCACGUAAAGUCGUCCCCGUCACACCCGCCCGCGGGAAGC